GUAGCUGCAUUGGCCUGUGGGGACCUUGAAGCACCACUGACUCAGAACCACGGCACCUGAGGGCUAGCAGGGCAUCCCCUAGGUUUCCAGUUCAAGAUCUGUGAUCCCUCCAUCUCUGCUCCUUGGUGCUAGCUGCCCCUUCUCUGGGGACUCUUCUCUGUGCCGGGUGAUCCUCAAACUCCAGCCUGGAGUCGCCACUGAUCUCAAACCCUGUCCACACUUCCACCGCAGCCUCCCCUGCCUGACUGCCUCUCGCUGCAGGUCCGGCCUGGAUGCCCUGCCCUCGGCCCCCCUGGCUCCGCCGCCCCCGGCCCCCCCAGGGCUCUGGCCCCAGCUCCCCAGGCUCGCUCUCUGCACCCCACUCCCCGGCCAGAGAAGAGGAUGAGGAGGCAGACGGCAUCCCGGGCUCAGGCCCCAUCCUGACCCCCGCUUCCCCGGUGGAGUGCCUCAUCUGCGUGUCACCCUUCGAUGGCCUGUUCAAGCUGCCCAAGCGCCUGGACUGCGGCCACGUCUUCUGCCUCGAGUGCUUGGCCCGCCUGUCGCUGGCCACUGCUGGCGGCGGCGACGCAGUAGCCUGCCCGGUGUGCCGCGCACCCACGCGCCUGGCCCCGCGCCGCGGACUGCCCGCGCUGCCCACGCAGCCCGGCCUGCUGCCCCGCGACGCGCGCGCGCCGCUGCCCCGCCAGGGCUCGGUGCGCUUCGACCGGCGCCGUGGCCUGCUGUACCUGCGCCCGCCGCCCGCGCCCGGGCCUCGCAAGGUGCGCGCCGCGCCGCCCCCGCCACUGCGCCUGGGCCGCCCGCUGUCGCGCCGCCCCAGGCUGGACAGCCCGGCCUGGGCCUUCAACGCGGCUGUGGCCCUGGCCGUGCUGGUGGCCGCGGGCCUCGUGGUCUCCGGCGUCUACAUCUUCUUCCUCAUCCCGCACGCCGCCUCCUCGGGCCCCGCACGGCCCCAGCUCGUGGCGCUCGCCCCCGCGCCUGGCUACUCCUGGCUCCCCCCGCGGCCCACGCCGGGAACGCCCUGGACCCCGGGCUGGAUGCCUCAGCCCUCAGGCGCUGACUCGGGCGCUGUCCACACGUCGGCUGCCGAAGACGCGCUGGAGCCGGAGUUGGGCCCCGGGGACCCAGCGGAGGCCGAGGGGACGCUGGAUGGGCCGUCGGACCGCACGUGGGGGACAGAAGCAGACCCGGGCUGGGCCCUGCUGGUUCGGGGCGGGAGGAGGGUGUGGGGGCCACAAUAAAUGUGAAAGCGUUUCGGACUCUGUCUCCUGCCUGGACCUGGGUGUCCCCCUGGGGGGGCCUUAGCAGGGUGCACAGCAAGCGCUCAUUUCUCCAAACAAGGGCCUGGAAGGGCAUCCCUGGCAUUGUCACCCUGGGGCAGGGACCCUCUCAAGAAGCAACCACCGCCGUCAUCCCACAGGGAUCAUCUGGGAACACCUAGAUCCCCCUUGAAGUCCAAGAGGUCACCUCUGACCUCAGUUCUCUUGGCCGUCCCGCCAGUGUCCUAACCGUGAUGUCUGCGAGGGUCAUAACAAGGGAUGCUCUGGACCCGUCUCCGUGGGGUCUGGCUGGAAGGAUCCCUGCUCCCCAGCCCUGCAGGAGUGCAGGUGGGGACCUUCCCCCCACCACGUUCACACAGAUGCCCGGUCAGGGGCCCCCAGCCCUGAACCUGGAGCCCCAGUCACUGCCCUGCAGAGUCCUGGGGGAGCACCCUCCCCCACACCAGAGCCCAAAGUCCAGGACUGCCCAUCCUCUAAGUUUGCCAGCUGCGGGCUUCCCGUUUUUGGAGAGCAAAGCUGCCACCACUCAUACCGCUGUCAUGUUGCUCCCCACUGGCCCAUGGCAGGGACAACCCUGCCCUCACCCCAGUCUGUGGACUUAGUUCUGUCACUCUGCUGUCCAGGCUGGGCUGGAUCCAGCUGUCUACAUGCUGAUCUUGGAUGUAUACUCGCCAGCCUCCACAGCUUGCUGGGGGCGGGUGCUUGGGCUGGAAGAGGCAGGGAUGGCCUAGCCAGGACUGGGGAGGCCCUUGAUUCUAAAAAAUGAGCUCCUAACCCCAUCCUAAGUCCCCAACUGCUUUGGGAGCCUCGACUUCGCCCUGAUCAUGGCUUCUUAGAUCCUCCCAAUAUGCUAUGCGACAGUUGUGGUAGUCAUGGCUCAGAGAGGCCAAGGUCACCCCUGGGUCAGAGGCACACAGCGUGGUGGGGCAUCCUGGAUCUCACUAGCUGGCUUCAGGUGUCCUGGGCCUUCUCUCUGCCUACAGGAGCCCCCCAUCACCCCAAUUAAUUUCUCGAGGCUAGUUACUUCUCUUCCUCCUCCAGGACUCCAUCUGCCCUGCUCAGCCUCCCUCUGUGCCCCCAGCCAAAGCCUGGGUCUUCCCAGAGGACAGCAGCCUCCAGGGAAGGUGGCUCAUGGGUUCCUGUCCUCCUCUCAGAAAUCUUCCUGGGUUAGUCACAGGGAGCUAGAGGGCAGGUGCCCUCUGUGCAGACUGAACACGGGGGUUCUGUUUCCUCUCAGGCCCUGGAGCUCCCAUCCUGCCUCACCUAGCCCAGGAAUGGGGUGCUGUGUGUAGUGGGUGGGCACCCAGCAUUGUCCAGAGAGAAAUGUGAUGUCUAUGCAGCUGGAGGCUCCUGUUUGAUUUGUUUAUAUGAGUGUCCUCAGCACCCAGCAUACAGUGUAUGCCAAAGAGUUACUGGGGAGUGACAGCAUUACAAGUGACUGAGAGGCAGCUUGGGAAUGCAGCCUGGGCCCAGGCAUGUCUGUGGAGCUAGUUCUGGUGUGAGCUGUUGCUUCCAGGUGGAACACCAGAGGAGCAACAUUGGGAAGACCAAGGGUGUGUCUUCUCAGACUAGUUCUUUGCCCAACCCAGGUGCUGUUGUUACCCACAGGGGCUGAGACCAGUGCGCUGGGUCACAGGUCAGCCACAGCCCAGCCUCACAGUGAGGGAACCUGGUGGGUCAUGAGCAGGAUUGGUGGUCUAUUAGUUUUCUCUGACUGCUGUAACAAAUUACCCACAACUCAAUCCCUUAGAACAUGCAUAGUUAUUAUAUUACAGUCCUGCAGUGCAGAUAUCCAAGAUCAGUUUCACUGGGCUAAAGCUGAGGGGCCCACUGGCUAGUUCUUUCUGGAGACUCUAAGAGAGAAUCCAUUCCUUAACUUUUCCAGCUAAUAGAGCAGGAUUCCUUGCUCCUGACUCCUUCAAAGCCAGCAGCCCAGCAUCUUCAGAUCUCUCUGUCACCCUCCUGCUGGAGCUCUUUCACUUUUAAGGACACAAUGAGAACAUUGGGCCCACCAAGAUAAUCUAAGAUAAUCUUGCAUCUCAAGAACCUUAAUUUAAUCACAUCUGCAAAGUCCGUUUUGCCAUGUAAGGUAACAGAUCUGCAGGCUCCAAAAAAUAACAGAUUUAUUGAAAUGUAAUUUACAUAACAUAAUAUUCACCCAUUUAGAUGGUACGAUUCAAUGAUUGUUAGCAUAUUCGCACAGUUGUGCAACCAUUACCACUAUCUAGGUCCAGAACAUUGUGAAAAAGAAACUUCUUACUCUGUCAGGUCCCAUUCCUCCCUUCCCUCGGCCCCUGGCAACCGUACAUCUAUUUUCUGUUUCUAUUCUGGACAUUUCAUAUCAAUAGAAUCAAAUGGUGUCAGAAAUCCAUAUUUAAAGAGGAAGUAGUGUUUAGAUCUUUCUUCCUAGCUGAUGGAGUCAACUCAUGGGUGUGGUGUCUCGAGCUGGAGAAAUGUCACUUGUGAGUCCUGGUCCUUGUUUUUAGCCCCUCUGAAAUUUAGUGCCCACUCAGGAAGAGGGGAUGGGGGAUACACUUGGCCUUGGCCUUAUUGUAAUUAGCCUAUG